CUGUCCGCGCGCCCGCCGCUUCCGCCGGUGGGCCCGGGCGACGCCGUCGUACACUGGUUCCGCACGGAUUUGAGGGUUGGUGAUAAUACCGCGCUGCACCUCGCUUCCCAGACUGGUGCUGAAGUGCUGGGGCUGUAUAUCUUCUCCCCCGAGGACUUGGAUGCGCAUGUGGUGUCGCCGGCUAGGAUUGAGUUUAUGAUCAGGUCGCUUGGGGUGCUGCGCGAGGUGUUGAGGGGAAGGAGGAUUCCGCUGUGGGUUGAGGUUGUGGAGAACAGGAAGGAUGUUCCGCAAAGGGUCGUGCAGCUGGCGAGGGAGUGGGGUGCGAAAAGGAUCUAUGCCAAUAUGGAGUAUGAAGUUGAUGAGGCGAGAAGGGAUGUGAGGAUGCUCGAGGAGGGGAUGAAGAGGGGAGUCGGCGUGGAGGUGGUCCAUGAUACUUGUGUCGUGCCGCCGGGGAGGUGCGUUACUAAGGCUACCGGGAAGAUGUUUGCCGUGUACUCGCCGUGGUAUAAGGCCUAUCUCCAGGCAUUAUCACAGGAUCCAGCGCUGCUCACGCUGCGUCCGCCUCCGGCAGCAAACCCGGAGUCCACGCUCACCACGCGCGCCGCGCUGUUUACCAGCGCGCUCCCCAGCCUGCCACCGGGGAAAACCCUGACCGCCGAGGAAACAUUGACACUGCACGAGCUGUACCCGGCGGGCUCCCAAGCUGCCGCCGCCCAGCUCGCCUCCUUCCUCACGCAGAAAGGGCGGCAGUAUGCAGCGGACCGGAACACCCCCUCGAUAUCCGGGACAUCCGGUCUCUCACCACACUUUUCCGCGGGCACGCUAUCCGCGCGCACCGCCGUCUUCCACGCCCGCGCCGCCAACAGCGGCAAGCUAUCUGGCGGGCAGUCCGGGCUUGACAUGUGGAUCUCCGAAGUGGCGUGGCGCGAUUUCUACCGGCACGUGCUGGCCGCAUUCCCGCACGUGUGCAUGCACAAGCCAUUCAAGCCGUCCUUCGCCUCGAUCUUGUGGCUCGCGCCUUCGUCACCACUGCACUCCACGCGCUUCAGCGCGUGGAAAGCGGGGCGCACGGGAUUCCCGCUGGUCGACGCGGCCAUGCGGCAGCUCGCCAAGGAGAAGUUCAUGCCGAACCGCCUGCGCAUGGUGGUCGCCUCGUUUCUGUGCAAGGAUUUGCAUAUCGACUGGCGCUUGGGCGAACAGUACUUCGCAGAACAACUGGUUGAUGGUGACUUCGCGAGUAAUAAUGGCGGCUGGGGGUUCGCGUCCAGCGCCGGUGUGGACCCCCAGCCGUAUUUUAGGGUGUUUAAUCCUACCGCGCAGGGACUGACGUGGGAUGCGGAUGGGGCGUAUGUUAGAACGUGGGUGGAAGAGUUGAGGGACUACAGGGGGGAUGUGUGGAAAAUCACCGAGCAGGAGAGGAGGUGCUACGGGUAUCCGAGGGAGAUUGUUGAGCAUGCCGUGCAGAGAAGGGUGGCGAUUGAGAUGUAUAAACGGGGUAUUGAGAGGGGGAAGGGGGUGGUUUGAGACUACGAGACGAACUAGGAGGGAUGGAGGGCAUGUGCGUGCAGGGUGGAGGAGGGGUUCGGAAGAUGAAUGGACAUUGGAGGCUGGAGGAUACCACUUUUUGUUGCGCUGGCUUGGAAUCGUAUUGUUUUGGAAGUCUUGUAAUAUCUCACUCGUUGCGCAGUCGCUUGCACGGUCGUGACGGGAAGUCCGUAAUAUGAGUGACGGAGGGCACGUGGGUGGAGGGUGGAUUUGCAAGCUGAAUGGAAGCUGUAGGAUACCAUUUUGUCGCUGACUUCGAAUCGCAUUAUUUUGUUUUUUUGUUUAUUGCGUUGCGAAUGCAUUGUGGUGAACCAAUUCAUAGGGAUCGGAUUGGAUUUUCAGGCUGAAUAGAG